UUAUUACAAGUCAUUGCCAGUUAUUUCCAAGCAAAGAAGACAGCGAACAACAAGGGAGGUGAAGACGCAGGGACAUCGUGGUCCAGCUAAACGAUUUUUGCUUUUCCCCCCAAAUACUUUGACGAAAGUCCUGAGUUGUGUGCUGUUGUUUGUGCUUCAGCAUGGCAGUCGUCAUCCGUUUACAGGGAUUGAGGAUUGCUGCUGGUUCUCAGGAUAUUCGCAAGUUCUUCACCGGCCUCAAAAUUCCAGACGGCGGAGUACACAUAAUUGGCGGGGAGAGGGAAGAAGCUUUUAUUAUUUUUGCUUCUGAUGAAGAUGCGAGGAGAGCCAUGACCCGAUCAGGGGGUCAAAUAAGGGGGGGGCGUGUUACUUUGCUGCUCAGUAGCAAAACAGAGAUGCAGAGUUUACUUGAAAAAAGCGCAAAAAAGGUGGAGACAAUUCAAAAGAGCCACAUUGAAGACAAUGGCAGGCAUGCCCGACGAUCCAUGGACUCUGACGCAAGCACAAGAGCAGCAAGUCGACGUGAGAUAUCCCCCCCGACCCGCCAACAGAGAUCCUCAUCAAGUGACAAGUCUACCUGGGUUUUUCUCAAAGGACUGCCAUACACUGUGACUGAAAGAGAUCUUUAUGAGUUUUUCAGUGGUUUACGUAUCGUUAACAUGACUCUGAUGAAAAAUCAGACCGGAAAAAACAACGGGAUGUGUCUUGUAAAAUUUUUCAGCUAUGAGGAUGUACAGGAAGCCCUGAAAAAGGAUAGGGAGUACAUUGGUUCUCGCUAUGUGGAGGUUACUUCAACAUGCGAACAGGAUUGGCUGCGGACAGAUGGCCGGCUUGAAAGACGUGGAUCACCGUUACAGGUUCCACGGAAUUUCCAACAUAAUAUGAGGUCCCAAUCUCCUACAGGUCAGAUGAGGCUCUCCUCAUCCUCUCGUGAGGAGUUCUGUGUUCUCGUGGAAAAUCUUUCCUUUGCAGUAGAGAAAGAAGACAUGAAAAGACUAUUUCGCCACGCAAGCCUUGCGGAUGACCAGAUCUUGUUUGUUACCGCAGAUGAUCGCAAAAGUAGGUCUGCUUUUGUGCUGUUCCAGACCCUGCGAGAGUACCGUGAGGCAACAGCCCAGGAGAAAAAAUCUUUUUUCAAUCGAUGGAUUCAUACCCGCUCCAUCUCAAGAGAAAAAAUGAUAUCUAUUUUGGAGGAAAAUAAUAACAAUGUCAGCCCUUCUGAAAACACACAAAGGUUUAAUGAGAGGCAGCCAUCUUUCCCCAGAGAUCCUGACAUGGAGAAGGUGUGUCUGUAUGUGCAGAAUCUUCCCUUCGAUGUACGGAAAGUUGAGGUUAUGGACUUCUUCCUUGGGUUCAGCAUCACAGAAGAUGAUGUGCUCCUGCUACAUGACAAUACAGGCGCAGGAAUCGGGAAAGCCUUGGUUGUCUUUCCUUCUGAGUCAGCAGCCAUGGGUGCCCUCACUCUCAAUGGACAGCUAUAUCUCGGUGCAGAGGUUGCCCUUGAAUGUAUAUCAAAAGCCCAGAUGCGGCAAUUGAGCACUGAGCCACCUGCGUUUCAAAGUCCACAGAGAAGAUUUGAUCAGUUCUCUGGGGCUGGUGCCAGCGAGUACCCUGACUUCAAAGGUCUUCCUGCUAAUAUGCCUAUGAAUGCUGGGCCUCAAGCCCACAGAGGCUAUGAUGAGUCAUAUGGAGACCACAGGGUCCCACUUGACAGAGGCAACGGUUGUCAUGUUAGUGGUGGUCUACAAGAGCAGCGUUUCAGUGGUCCUACCUGUGUAAAGCUGUCCAAUUUACCAUUCCUAGUAAAAAUGGAAGAAAUCUAUGAUUUUUGCCACGGGUAUCGUAUCAUCCCUGGGUCAGUGUCAUUGCAGUACGACAGGAGUGGAUUAACUAAAGGUACUGCAACCGUGGUAUUUGAGACCCGGCAGGAGGCUGCAGUAGCAAUUAAGGAGCUCAGUGGAAGGCCAGUAGGUGCUCGAAAAAUCCUACUUAAGUUUGUGUGAAAGUAACAUGGGUUUUUGACAUUAAGCAGGCUCAAGUGUUCUUGUUUGAACCCCAUAAAUUGUUUUUUGAUGGGAAACAUUUUUUGAUUUUCUUAUUGUAUGCCAUGAUUAUUGUGCUGAAUUUCCCCCAGGGAUCAAUAACGUACUUUGUAUUCUAUUCUAUUCUAUUAUUAGAAACUUUUGUUUUACUGUCAUUGUAUUUUUUGGGGUAGUCAAUGCUGUCGCCUGUAAAUAAUUUUAAAAAUGCAAUUCUUAUUUUACAUACAUUGAAUUUAAUUUGAUUUAAUUGUGGUACCGUUUGUAUAUUAUACAAUGCCCCCAGCUUUGUAUGUUUAUUACUGUACUGUCAUUAAAAAUACAUCAAGCUCAAAAGUAUGUUUUGUUUGCCUCAUUGUUGAGAUCUGCUUCAGUAAAAUAAGUAUUAGGAAAGCAUAAAGGGGAACUGAAUGCACUUUUUGGAAUUUUGCCUAUCGUUCUCAAUAAUGAGAGAACACACAUUUUUUUUAGGAUUUUAAAGAUAAUUCUAAUGGGAGUCACCGUUGUAGCCUUCAAAACCCUCCAAUGUUUUGUAUACACACUGCAAGUUUUUAUAUGUACAGUAUAUACAGUUGUGUUCAAAAUAAUAGCAGUCCCACAUCACUAGCAAGAUAAAUAACUGUUUUUGUUAGAAUUUCAACUUUUACACUGCAAGUAAGUUUCUAGAAUGUUUAGUAAAGGUAUAGAAAACCAACAGGCAUGACGUGCAUGCUGCUGAUUCUGUGAAAAUGAAUCAUUUACUGAAAGGGGCGUGUUCAAAAAAUAGCACUGCGUCGUUCAAUUAGUGAGGUCAUUGAUUAUGUGAAAAAAAAGGUGUUAAACAAGUGGCCCUUAUUUAAGGAUCAAGGCAACUGACUGCUGGCUGUGCAUUUGUCCUUGAAAAACAGUAAAAUGGGUCGUUGAAGACACUGUUCAGAAGAAGAGCGUUCUUUGAUUAAGAAUUUAAUAAAAGAGGCGUAAACCUAUAAAGAAGUGCAGAAAAUGAUAGGCUGUUCAGCUAAAAUUAUAUCAAACACUUUAAAAUGGCAGCCAAAACCAAAAAGGUGAGGAAGAAAAAGAAUACCACUAUUGGAAUGGAUGGGAGAAUAACCAAAAUGGCAAAGGCUCAGCCAAUGGUCAGCUCCAGGAGGAUCGAAGAAGAUCUAAGAUGACCUGUGAGUACUGUAACGAUCAGACCACGUCUAUGUAAAGCCAAGCUACCAGCAAGAAGCCCCCGCAAAGUCCCAUUGUUAAAAAAAAAAAGACGUGCUGAAGCGGUUACAAUUUGCCAAAGAACACAUUGACUGGCCUAAAAAGAAAUGGCGUAAUAUUUGUGGACUGAUGAGAGUAAGAUUGUUCUUUUUGGGUCUAAGGGCCACAGACAGUUGGUCAGACGUCCUGCAAACACUGAAUUCAAGCCAUAGUACACAGUGAAGACGGUGAAGCAUGGUGGUGUAAGUAUCAUGAUAUGGGGAUGUUUCUCGUACUAUGGUGUUGGUCCUAUUUAUCGCAUACCAGGGAUCAUGGAUCAGUUUGAGUACAUCAGAAUACUGGAACAAGUCAUGUUGCCAUAUGCGGAACAGGAAAUGCCCUUGAAAUGGGUGUUUCAACAAGACAAUGACCCCAAACACACCAGCAAGCGAGCAAAAUCAUGGUUUCAGACAAACAGAAUUCAAGUAAUGGAGUGGCCAAUCCAAUCCCCGAACCUUAAUCCCAUUGAAAACUUGUGGCCUGACAUAAAAAAUGCUGUUCAUGAGGCAAAACCAAGAAAUGCAAAGGAGUUGUGGAACGUAGUACAAUUGUCCUGGGCUGCAAUACCUGUUGACCGGUGCCAGAAGUUGGUGGACUCCAUGUGCCACAGAUGUGAAGCAGUUAUCAGAAAAAGUGGUUAUGCAACUAAAUUAUAGUUAAUAAUUCUAAAGAAAGUUUAAUCUGCAAGCCUUUCUUAGUUUAUACAAUACAUUUGAGUUUUGUAAAGAAAGAUGUCAACACUGCUAUUUUUUUGUUUUAUAUUUCUUGACUUUCUGUUAAAUAUUGUCAAAUCAAAUUACUUUUUUCCAAUUUUCUGGCUUUGA